GUAAAAAAAGAUCAACUCACUGCUAGUUGUGCUGUGGAUGCAGUGGGAUAAAGCUUCACAGUGUGAGAGAGAGGCAAACUGGGAUAUAUUUCUAUUUAUUUCCCCCUCUGUUCCAGUUACUUGGAUUGUUGCAAAGAAGCAAGAAAAAAAAAAAAAAUCUAACGAAAACAGACGUAAAUUUAGCAUUCUAGCUGCCAGAGUGUCUCCUCAACGCGCUCGUUCAGAAGACUCUCCGUGUCUAAUGUGACAGAUUGGGGUGGAAUCGUGGGACAUUCGGUCACGCAGAGCUAAGGGAAGGAUGGAUAGAGUGAACCGGGUUUUAAACAUCGUAAGACAGAUGUCCCCCAGGAAAAGGGAAAGAGGGUCUCAUUGGGAGGCAGAGAGCCCGGAGACCUGCGAGGAGAGUCUGUGCUCUCUCAGCCUUUGCAUCAGCGAUGAUGGGCCAUACUCUAAGGGGAACAAGGACUCGACGGGGCCAGACAACUCGCUCACAUCGAGAAGACAAAGCAUCUCAGAACUGCGUGGGGUUACACUGGUUGAGCUGAUUAAGAAGGAGGGAAGCACUUUAGGUCUCACCAUCUCAGGAGGAACAGACAAAGAAGGCAAACCUCGCGUCUCCAACCUGCGGCCGGGUGGACUAGCGGCUAGGAGCGAUCAGCUCAAUGUGGGCGACUACAUCAAGUCAGUCAACGGCAUCAACCUGACCAAGCUGCGUCACGACGAGAUCAUCAGUCUGCUGAAGAACGUCGGGGAGCGUGUCUUGCUGGAAGUGGAGUAUGAACUGCCAUCACCUGCACCAGACAGUACCUCAGGUGUUAUUUCCAAGACAAUCGACAUCUGUUUGCAGAAAGAGGGCAACAGUUUCGGGUUUGUUAUGCGAGGUGGAUCCCAUGAGGACUGGCACAGAUCUCGUCCUUUGGUGAUCACACAUGUCCGACCAGGUGGUCCUGCUGACAGAGAAGGGACUCUAAAAGCAGGGGACCGGAUCUUAAGUGUGGAUGGUGUGGUUUUACACAGUGCCACUCUCAGUGAUGCUCUUACUGUUCUGACUCAGUGUGGCCAGGAGGCUCUGCUCCAGAUCGAGUACGAUGUCUCCAUCAUGGACUCGGUGACAAACGCUUCAGGUCCCCUGCUGGUAGAGAUUGCUAAGGCGCCCGGAGCCAGUCUAGGAAUCACUCUGACCACUGCCAUGCACUUGAACAAACAGGCCAUCGUCAUCGACAAGAUCAAACCCGCCAGUGUGGUGGACAGGUCAGGAGCGUUACACGUAGGUGAUCACAUCCUGUCUAUAGACGGCACCAGCACAGAGCACUGCUCCGUCCUGGAGGCCACACAGCUGCUGGCCAGCACUACUGAACAGACCAAACUAGAGAUCCUCCCCGCACACCAAACACGCCUGCCCGGGAAACCCCAGGACACUGUGAAAGUUCAGAAAAGUGACCACCCACACUGCUGGGACCCCUGUGUGAACUACUGCCAUUCUCAACAUCCUGGUCACUGUAAGACAUCGACAUGGACCUCUGCUUCCAGUAACCCAUCCAGCUCUCAGGAUUACUGCAAAUCGGUAGUCUGCACUAACUUCUCUCCUGGGUCCACUACCACAUCAGGCAUGACAAGCCAGGGUUCCAACACGCUGCCCCGGGCCGCUCCUCCCAUGAGCCCACGGAACUCUUUGCUAAAGAGACGACAAAGGAAAAAAGAGCACAAGAGCUCCUCUGUGUCUUUAGCCUCAAGUUCUGUGGGUCCUGGUGGUCAGAUAGUCCACACCGAGUCCAGUGAGGUCACUCUGAGAGGAGAUCCUCUAAACGGGUUUGGGGUUCAGCUGCAAGGUGGAAUAUUUGCAACGGAGACCCUCUCUGCACCCCCUCUUAUCCGCUUUAUAGAGCCGGACAGCUCGGCUGAAAGGUGUGGGCUUCUCCAGGUUGGAGACAGAGUCUUAUCCAUCAACGGAAUUCCUACAGAAGAUGGAACGCUGGAAGAGGCCAAUCAGCUGCUCCGGGAUGCUGCUCUGGCCAAUAAGGUUGCGCUAGAAAUUGAGUUUGAUGUGGCAGAAUCUGUUGUGCCUAGCAGUGGAACAUUUCAUGUGAAGCUGCAGAAGAAAAGAGGAGUGGAACUGGGCAUCACAAUCAGUGUGGAGCAGCUGGUCCAGAUAAAGAGGUUUGUUUGUGAGACUGAAGCUCGUUUCAUGGUUUCUUCCUGCAGAACAGGAACUCUGGAGCCCGGAGACAAGCUGCUGGCCAUAGAUAACAUCCGUCUGGAGAACUGCUCCAUGGAAGACGCCGUCCAGAUCCUCCAGCAGAGCGAAGACCUGGUCAAACUCAAAAUCCGCAAGGACGAGGACAACUCAGACGAGCAGGAGUCGUCCGGCUCCAUCAUCUACACGGUGGAGCUGAAGCGCUACGGCGGCCCGCUGGGCAUCACCAUCUCCGGCACCGAGGAGCCCUUUGACCCCAUCAUCAUCUCAGGCCUGACCAAGAGGGGUCUCGCUGAGAGGACUGGAGCCAUUCACGUCGGCGAUCGUAUUCUGGCCAUCAACAGCGUCAGUCUGAAGGGGAAGCCGCUCAGUGAAGCCAUACACCUGCUGCAGGUGGCAGGAGAAACCGUCACCCUCAAGAUCAAGAAACAGACCGACACACCAGAUGAGAAAAAUAUAGAGAACGAUCUGGAUAACGAGCUCAGUGAUAACGAGGAUGAGAUGACCGACUCGCAGAAGACCAAUAAACUGUCCGACAUUUAUUCCACCACCAUCCCCAGCGUGGAUUCGGCUAUGGAGUCAUGGGACGGCUCGGGAAUGGACGCCGGAUACAGCAGCCAAGGUGCCAACAUCCAUCAGGCUGCUGGGAUUGCGCUACACCCUCACGAAUGGCGUUACACCAAGCAGAGGAACAGCACGUCUCCUCCAACCCGCCACAAAAACUACCCCUUCAGUGACGGGGGAUUCAGUGAGGACGACUGGGAUAAAGCUGCAGGAUACAGCAGCCAGACGCAUGCCGACGGCCUCAUGAUGGAGCAGGAGGACAGUUUCUGGUGCCAGGCCCUGGAGGACCUGGAGACCUGCGGUCAGUCUGAGCUCCUGCGCGAGAUCGAGGCAUCAAUAAUGACCGGCAGUGCCCUGAGUUUGGGUGUAGAGGGUGGAAAGGCCCACGGCGAGACGGUCAGCCAGCCUCACCUCAGCCCUCUGAGAAAAGCCCCGCAUCUCCUCAACGAGACCAAGAACAAGAGCACGCUCCGCAUGUCCGAGAAGACCUGGGAGUCACGGAGGAUCAAAGAAGAGAUCCAGGACAUCCUGUCACCCACACCUUUAGAGCUGCACAAGGUGACUGUGAUGAAAGACCCAGAAAGCGAUGACUUUGGAUUCAGCGUAUCGGACGGUUUCUUGGAAAAGGGUGUUUAUGUGAACAUGAUCAGACCUGAGGGUCCAGCGGACCGCGCUGGACUCAAACCGUACGACAGGAUCCUUCAGGUGAACCACGUGCGGACACGAGAUUUCGACUGCUGCUUAGCUGUUCCUCUCAUCACAGAGGCCGGAGACAGACUUGAGUUGGUGAUUAGCAGAAACCCAUUAGCACAGCCGGGUGUCACCCAACCCCACGACAGCCAUCCACACUUCAACCCCGUAGGCCAUUCCCGCGAGCACCAGACCAGCACGCUGGACCUGUGACCACUGGGUAACUCAGACUAUGACCACACCAGACCAUUUGUUGCAACAGACUAUCAGAGGGAGCCAUGUUUCAAUGCUUUCAUUACAAAGCUCAAAUGAACUCAAAUAUCCAGAUUAUAAGGAGCGAUCGUGGAAAUGAAACAAUAAAAGAUUUGAGCCAGUUUUCAGUACAAAAUUCAAAAGGAUCUGAGCCACUUAAAAAAAAAAUAAUAAUAAUAAUUUUUGACUACUGCAAUGCACACACCAUACAUCUACUUCACGUCAUCAAAACUCAUUUUUCUUUUCUUUACAGUGGAGCCUCGCACGUGAUAUGGGGGCAGAAAUGUAUAUAAUGGCCACAAAAAAAAUAUUAAUUUAUUCUCUUGAUUUAAUUAGUCUCCUAGUUUUAGUAAAUCAUGGCCACAUUGUUUUGAUUCAUUCCCUCAUUUUUUUUUUUAAACCGUGGUCACAAAGUACUGAUUUGUUUCCUCGUUUUAGUAAAUUGUGGCCACCGUGUACUGAUUCGUUCCCUUGUUUUAGCUAACCGUGAUUGCGUAAUACUAAUUCGUUCCCUUUAUUUUUUGUUUUAUUUAAUCCGUGGUAACAUAGUACUGAUUUGUUGCCUUGUUUUGGUAAACUGUUGGUCAAAACAAAGGAAUGAAAUAAUUUAACAUGACAACGAUUCAACUAAAAUGAGGAAACAAAUUCUUAAUUUUUUCUUUUCUUUUCAUUUCUUUUUUCUUUUCUUUUUAUUUAAAUUUUUGUUUACAUUUUUUGUUUGUUUUGUUUUCAGAUACAAACAUACUGUCCAAAUGUUUACAAAACAGAAAGAAAAGAAAAAGAAUUCGCUUUUGAAGUUGAUCGCCAUUAGACAUAAGCAGUUUUUAAAUGUGUCUUAUGUUUCCAUUUUUAGUAACAAGUGUUUUUCCUUCCACAGAAAACCACUAAUUAAGUUUUAUUUUUGUUUUAGUCCUGGAUGAGUCACUGCGGGAAUACCUUCAGGCACACAUUGUCCUUUCUCACAUACACUAUUACUAUAAACAGACCAAACACAGCCAUUCUUUGUCCCCUGCAUGCAUAAAUACUAUAGACUCCCUACAAAUAAACUUAAAUUUGCCUCUGUGUCAGACACAAACAUACACACAAACGCUUCAGGCCAUGAGUGCCACAACAUCAGUGCACAUGGUGACUGCCUGCUGCUUUAAAAAGGAAGUUGCUGUUUGAAAUAUUGCCAACAAAGACUUCAUAACCUCUCUGUAAACAGCACAUUUCUUAUUUCAUGGGAGUAUAAUGCAUUUUCCAUGAAUAGGAUAUAUUUUAAUGUGGCAUUACUUUUUUAAUGCAAUUGACACAAAAUCCUAUGUUUUUAUCAUGAGGUCGAUUAGAUAUGCUAAAAUAUUACAUAAUAUAACAAAAUUC